CCUGGCGGAGAUGGAGGGACAAGUGUCGUCCGGGGGGAGGGUGUGAUUACGGUACUACACUCUUAAAGCGUUCCUUUCCCACUUUGAGCCGCUCUGGGCGCCUCCUGUUGCCUUCAGUGAUCUGCAGUUGAGAGAGGAAGGGAAUAUUCAGCCAGACAGCUCUGAGCCCUCGUUGAACUACAGACCUUAAAAUGCAACAGGAGGCAGCCAGAGCAGUUAAAGCGGGAGAGCAACGCUUUAAAAGAGUGCAGUGCGAUAAUCUCCAUAGCGUUGGAAGAGACCCCAAGGGACAUCCAGUCCAACCCACCUUCUGCCAUGCAGGAACUCUCAGUCAAAGUAUCCGCCAAGAGAUGGCCGUCCAGCCUCUGUUUAAGGACCUCCAAAGAAGGAGAUUCCAAGGCACUCUCGAACAGCCUCCUCAUGUUGAGGUUGGGAUCUCUUUUGCUGCAGCUUGCCUCCAUUGGUCCGUGUUUAGUCUCUGGAGCAGCAGGAAACAAGCCUGCUCCAUCCUCAGUGUGACCCCCUUCAAAUACUUAAACAGGGCUAUCGUUUGACCUCUUAGCCUUCUCUUCCGCAGGCGAGGCCUUUCGUGGGGUGUUCUGCUGUGGAGGAGAGGAGGGGGCCCAGGGUUUUGGAGAAAGGCCUUAAAAGAGUGCUGGAUGGAAAGCAUAGAAGCCCCCCUCCUCCUCCCCACUGCUGCCUUAAAAAAAACAUACACAAGCAUCUUUAUGUCCAGAAAACUGCAACGACUUCGUGAUCAUGACAUAAAUCCCUGUUUAGCGGAAACAGAUGCUUCUAGAAAAUGUAUGGAUGAUAGUAACUACAAUAAAGAUGUAUGCACCAUCUAUUUUUUAAGAUACAAAAAUUGCAGAAAGUUCUGGAAUGGAAUCAUGAUGCAGAGAAGAAAAGAUGGAAUAAAGCCAGAUAUGCCUACAGCAGAAGAAAGAGACCGAAUUCUAGCAUCAAUGGAAAGAGUACCAUAUUAAUCAUGCAGUGCUGCUGUUUUAACAUAAAUACUGGCUUUAUUUUAUACAGGAAGUUUGGAAAGAGUGUUGAAACCAUCAUUAUGGUAGGUAGCUAUUUUGCUGCUAUCAUCUUCAUCACCCUCGUACAGCUUCAGAAUUUUCAGCGAAUACUUUUGUAGGUUUAUUCUCACUGUAUCCACAGCAGAAUCUUCACAUACUGACUGAAGGGUAACAUGCAUAGCAUGUGGGGGGAAAUGUCUGUAAUAAAUUGACUUUUUAAAUGA